GAGAUGAUUUAUUUGAUUUAAAGGAUGCACUUGGAACUGAAGCUCCUACUAAAAGGCCUAGUGCAGUUACCAAAAAAACAGAUGAUGGCUUCAACUUAGAAGAUGCUGUAUUUGGUGACGAUGAUUCCCCAAAACCAACAGCACCACCUCCUCAGCCCAAACCUGGGAGUCAUGGCCACAGUGGAGGAUUUGAAGAUUCAGAUUUAUUCGAUGGUGACCUGCCACCUGAUAAUCCAAAAUCAGGCCAUCCUUCGAACCCUUCCUCAGGUAGGGAUGAUUCUGGCUCCGCUGGAGCUAAAACAGAUUCUCCAGGCAUGCUAGCUGGCAUUAUUAGUUCUGUUGUAGUGGCAAUAGCUGGAGCGCUUUCAAGUUUCAUAGCAUAUCAGAAGAAGAAGCUUUGCUUCAAACAAAGCGAUCAAGAAAACAUUCCUGUGGAAAGCCAGCAAGGAGCACAUGCAGCACCAGCUGUUCAGCGUACACUUUUGCAGAAACAAUAGCAGAAUUUGAUAUGAAGAGAAGACCAGAAACUGGAUUUAUAGCCUGCAUAAUUCCCUGAAGGAGCAACACAAUGGAAUUGCGAAGUAGAUCUUUAAAAUAGGCCUGUUGAAACAUCUUUAGAAAGGAAGUGUGAUGUUUCUAACCAAUGAAAAAUAUUUUCAUCCACCAUUUACCCUUUGAAGUUCAAUUGUACACAGGGUGAUUAUUGUUUUUCAAAUGUAUUUUUAUGGUGUUUGUUGUUGAUUGGAUUAAAGUUUUUUUCUCUUCUUUUUUUUUUGUAGCAAGAACCUUGAAAAGGGAGAUGUGUAUAGUUGUAAAAUACCUUCAGGCAGAUUGUUCACUAAGGAAAGCUAUGUUGAUAGUAAAUAUCUCCGAGACGUACAGUUUGGCUUUACAUACUAAUGCAUAGCACACCAUAUGGAUAAGGCCAGCUAUUUAGAUAUUGAGGGUGAAGCACAGUUGAAAUUACAUGUUAUAAAUAUGUAAGAAUCGAUAUAGGGCUAAGUCCCCUUGUCCCUGAAUUUCCAUUCAUAAACAUUAACAUUUUUCCUUCUGCAUGUUCUUGAUCACAUUUAGAAAAUUUGACAUGGAGCAAAUGCCUUAUCUGACUAGCAAACCUUUUGAAAUUUUAUCAUUAUAUACAAAUACAUAGGAAUUGAAGGCAUUAAAAAUCUAAGUUGCCUUAAUGUUUUGGCUCAGAAAUAAUUUUAAAAUAAUCCUUAUCUUGAACAUGUUUGCAUCUUAAGGUUUAUUACUUGUGUGUAGUGAGGCUGUAUUUCUCAACUGCAUGAUGCUGGAAACAAAUGGGAUUUUAAAGAACAUGCACUGUGGUCCUUCAGGCUUUACAAUACUUUAUUGAAAUGAAAUCCAAAACACUUUAUAACCAUAAGAUAAAUCUCUCAUCUUUACAUCAAGUUUGCUUAGGGUUAGUGUGGGAAAUGUUUGCUAUGCCUCCUAAUUCCUACUGCCAACAUCUGCCAUUGGUAGGCCUUAAUUAAAUGUGGGAACAUAGCUAAGAUAUAUAGUGGCUUGGGUUCUUAGGCCAAUUAUGACCAAAUAUGAUAGGGAUAUGGAUCCUGGAUUUCAAUCACAGGUUACGUGAAACAAUCAUAUUGGGACACAGCCACAUCCCUUCCCUCACUGUCAAAUCAACAAGGGAGCCUCUUUAUAUUAACAUUUUCGUUAAGGUUUUGGAGUGGUAGUAGGAAGAACUCAAGGUCUAACCUUGCUUAGUCAAGCUUGCUUAGGGUUAGCAUUCUGUCUAGGAAAUUCGGGAAAUUGAACUCUAAACAUCUUAAAGAUGCCAAACUUGAAAAACAUUGGUUCAAAUAAACUCUUUCCAAUUCUGUGAUUUUUUUAAAAGUGAUAAAAUUGCAUGAUAAUAAUUUAGAGCUACCACAAAAUUUUGGUGAUAUUAUUUUGAGGAAGUUAUUUUGGGGAAUCAUCCGUAGCUGGAUGCUACUCGCCAUUUUAAAGUAACUUAUCAGAGCUGUUUAUUACUACUUUCAGGGAGGGGAAUAAAAGGUGAGGUCUGGAGCAGGCACAUUCCUUGCUAAACUAUAAACUUAAAUAAGCAUGUGAAUUAGUCCAAAAUUGGCUCUUCUUUUGCUCUUUAUUCCAUAAUAAAGUAACUUUUCAGUAAUGGAUUUGCUGCUUAAAAUUACUUAAAACUGCAUGUGCCUCUGAUUACAAAUUUACCUUGCAGUUCAUAAGUGCCCUACUAGUUCUGUGCUUUACAUUUCAUAAAGACUUAUUUGUGCAAUAUUUUUCAAAGAACGCACAAUAAACUUCAAUUGCAGAUGCCUUAUGUACAAUACCUUGAAGUGCCAACAUAUUAAUUGAGUAGAAAUAUGAGCUGAGUAUUUUAUAUUGUUUCAUUAAAAGGAGAUUUGGAAAUGGUCACAAUAAUAUCCUAUUAUUAAAUUUGUGAUUUAAAAAAUGAAACUGUCAAGAAAUGUGGGUGCCAUAUUAUUUAAGGGGAACUCAUGUAAUUUCAAGUUAAGUAUCAUGCCUAAGUAAAUUAUGUAAAUCUUUGCAUAAUGUGAUAUGUACAUACAUAGACUUCUAGACAUGAAUAUUGGGCCAACUUUCAAUUUAAAUUAGAUACAAGUUAGCUGUAUAAGCAAUGCAUGGAUGUUUAAGUUGCCCUUUGCAUUUUAAUAAACGAAAUAUCAGUUUUGGGUCAUGUGAAUGUAGCAUACGUUCAGCACCAAAUCUUAAUAAAUUCAGCAAGAACCUGCAUUUUGAAGAAAAAUGUGUGCAUGAAUUUGAUUGCAAUUAGCUUUUGAUAAGUGGCAAUAUUUUGCUAUAAUCCUUAUUUUGUGAACCAGGACUCAUGCAAAAAAUGAUUGCUAUUAAUAAAGAUAUUUCCAUGUUAUUACUGAACAGAAAGACUUUAGUUCAAACCAUAAAUGAAAUACUUGUGGCAAACUUGUGGCAUCAUUUAUUGAAUAAGCUGUCUUCAUCUAUUUGUUCUUCCUCAUCCACCAGCAGUCUAGGUAAAGGAGACAACUAAUGGUUUGUUUUCAGUUUAUCAUUUGUUUCCCUUGUCCUUAUCUGCAGCUAAUGAGAGAGUAUCCCCAUGAUUUAUCAUAAACAAAACCCUGGGGACAAUUGUUUGGCUAGUUGGAAUUGAAAGCACACUGCAGAGUUUAAAUAAUCAAAUCCAGACACCUGUCUACUACUGAGGAAGAGAAGAACCAGCAGAUGCAAUAGCAAUAGAUACAUUAGCAAUGAGUUGUCAUGUUAUUCCAGUAUGUUCAGACUUUGCUAUAAAAAUAAUGAGAAUAUGUUUGGAAUAAGCACUUAAUAGUGUAUCCUAUACAUUUUAAUUUUUAAAAAUUGGAAUAAAGUGUCACAUAGUACUGUAUAAUAUUCCAUGUAAAUGUGUAUAAGAAUGUGCAGACGGGGCUACACUUCUGCAUGUAUUUGGAUGUAAAUACCAUUGAACUAGAUGGUAUUGUUAUUUGGAAAGAUUGCAUAUGAUUAGACCAUUCAUAUCUAAAGCAAAUCAUUGCCAUGGGUUGAUGAUACGAUUCAUGCAUGACGUAAAAUAUAUCUAUGGUUCAGUAUGUUUAAUUUUUAAGUAGAUUUAUGGCUCUUUAGAUUAUGAGAAUCUCUAAAUAUUUGGUAAUUAAAACUUGUCAUUUGUUUUUAAUAAAGAAAUCUAAAAUUA